AUGUCUCCUAAUAUUAGACAAACUGAUAAUUUUAAAGAGAAAGAUCGCAGUAAUUUUUAUAAAAUGUGGUGUUAUUACGGCUGUGCAAUUAUAUGGAUUAUUUUUGGUUUAUACGUGUCUCACACCGAGGUAUUCUUGAACAAAUUAAUUAGUAAAAUAACCGAGGCAUUACCACUGCGUGAAGGUUCAGAAAUAUACAAAGUAUGGACGUCACCUAUACAUUUAACUUUUACGUGUCAUUUCUUCAAUGUUACCAAUCCCGAUGAAGUGAUGAGUGGAAGUAAUCCAUAUUUCAAUGAAGUUGGUCCAUUUACUUACGAUGAAAUACUCGAGAAACAAAUUAUAGACGUGGACGAUACGAUGGAUGAAAUUACAUAUACAACAAAGUCUACGUACAGUUUUAACAAAGACUUGAGUGUGAAAUUAUCUAAACAUGACAAAGUCACUAUAUUAAAUCCUGCAUACAUUGGUACCAUAUCGAUGGCAAGUAUAAUUGCACAUGAAGAUGAAAGCUCUAUAACUCGUUUUUUAGAAAUCUUCUCUUUUAAUUUUAAAAAUAAUUUCUUACUCUCUGGCUUACCUCCUGAAUUUAUGGAAAAAUAUGGUAAUAACAUACCGAAACUAUUUCCAAACCGUAGUACCAUUUUUCUAAAAGCUAAUCCUAACGAUCUGCUUUUCAAUGGAAUUAAAGUUUCGUGCAAUUUAAGAAAAUUCCCUGAAUUGGAUCUGAUAUGCAAAACAUUGGGCAGUAAUCCGCCACUUGUGUUGAGAGAAACCGACAAGCAAGAUGUUUAUCUACUCAGUAUCUUUCAGAGGGUACAAAUUGUUUGCAACAAGAAAACAUGCAGCAUAUUUUUUUUCCAACAUUCUCUACUUCCAAAUUUAGACAGUAAUGUCAACGAACGCAGGAAUUAUUCAGAUAUUUUCGUAACAGCUAACAAAAUGUUUCAUGUUUCUAAGGUGAACUCUACUUUUCGCGGGCCAUUUUCUGUUAACAGAGGUGUUAAUGAUAUAACGAGAUUAGGAGAUAUAACAUCUUAUAUGGGAAAAAGAAUACAAACAAUGUGGAACUCUGAAGAUUGUAAUACAGUAAGAGGAACUGACUCAAUCAUUUGGGCACCAUUAAUAAAACCAUUGCCUUUUGUUUCAACGUUUAUACCAGAUUUAUGCAGAACUAUCGAAGCGGAUUAUAAAGAUGAAGUUUCGAAAUAUCUUCCUUUAAUUCGAGAUUUAAUAUUAUUACAGAAACUGCCGGUAAUCUUAUCAGAGCCACACUUUUUACACGGUGACCCACAGCUGUUAAAGUAUGCACGUGGUUUAAAUCCUGAUGAAAGGCUGCAUGAAACUUACAUCAUUAUCGAACCAUAUACUGGAACGCCUCUUUCUGGGCAGAAAAGAACACAAAUAAAUCUAUAUUUGGAAAAACAGCCAGUAGAGUUGCUUUCAAAUGUCAGCGAGGGAUAUUUUCCGCUUAUGUGGUGCGAAAAUGUAAGAUCCUUCAAGACAGUUCCUAUCAUUUUAUCUUGUUUACUAAACAUAUGAUUUCACUUACGAAAUGCAAUUGAUUAAAAUAAUGCGGUUCAAUUCUUAAGGCACAUCGUUCAUUAUGAAUAUUAUACUUAUAUUAUAUUAUAUUUAUUAUGAAUAGCGAAUGUGAUAGAUUUUUCGAUUUCAAAGUUGGCAGCAGAGUAUUUCGCGAAUGAUAAUAAGAAAAGAACUUUACUGAAAAUUGAGUUUAUUAUGUUAUGUAUGUGUUUGUCCGUUUUCUUUAAAAAUGAAAGUAUAAUAAACAAGAGUAAAAAUAUCUUAGAAUCUUAGAGGCCGAAAAAUUAAUUAUCCUCAACGGGUUCAUAGUUGUGAUUGAUACUUGUUCAAUCAUUAUAUUGUGCAAUAAAAUAAAGUAAUAUUGAAUUAACAUUUAUUCAACAGUAGGCAGGGAAUUUAAUUUCAUAGCAACGAAGCUGAUUUGAUUUAAUAUAUUUUAUUCACUUUUCAUUCUUAAGAAAGUCUGAUAUUUCGUUGUCAUUGGAAAAUUCUGACAAAGAAAUCGAAUAACAUUAUACAUUUCUACAAACAGAUGUUAAUUUAUGAAUACAAUCUUUCAUUACAUCAUGGUCCAGAUCACAUCAAAAUGUACAAAAUAUAAUCACAAUUUUUCUCAGAUAUCGAUAGACGAACUAAUUAUCUAACAAAUAUUUUACAGGGAAAUACGCCAACGUUGGCGAUUAUAGGAUUCACAUAUCAAACGCUUCGUCUAAUAAAAAUUUUUCGGUAUAUAAACAUAAUUCCUUUGAUGAUUGGAAUUCAUUUGACUUUCGUCGCUGUAAUGUAUUGUAAUUGUACAAAACGCAAAACACAACCAACAUUUGCAGAGUCGUUACUAAUAU